CCUUAAUGUGACGGAGCAGGGCAAAACUCUCUCCUCAUUGGUCAGCCGUUGACCCUGGUGUGUGAUUGACAGCAGGCUGAAGGACAGCGGGAGUUAGCAGGUGACGCUGCUGCUGGUGCUGUUGAGUAAACAACAGCAGACACACGCUGCUCUUUUUCGUGUUCCAGUCGUCUUGCGCUGAAGAAGAACAUCGAUUCGUUGUUUGGAUCAAAGUGCUUCUGGAUACUCGAGUUCAUCUCCCGAUUCGCUGUAUGCCACCGUUCCCCGUGUUCCUCUACAUGGAUUCUGGACCUGCCUCUCCACCUUCCUCCGCGGUGGCGAGCCCCUCCCCGCUGUGGCGGCUUGCUGAGAGGAGAAGUCGAAAGGCCGGUGCAGGGAACAUUUUCAGCAGUGUGAAUUUGUGGCAGCUCCAGAGACUGUUCAGGGCAGCUGGGGACCAGGAUGCCGAGCAAAGGGCACAGCUCGUCUGGGGCCACAGAGACGAGGCCGAACUGGCUCAGGCCCUAAUUGGGCUGAGGACCCGGAGUCACCGCAGAGUGCUGAGGAGUAAUGGGAGAGAUGCUCUGGAGUCACGCUGGCUACGUGCCUUCAAUCAACUCAGGAUCAAGGAGAGCUCGCUGAGGAGCCCAGGAACGGAUUCAGGGGAGGAGGAGAGUGAUUCUGAGGCAGGAGCCCACAGCACUACAGAUCCACAGCCACACUCCACUGUAGGAACCACAGGAAGAGACACAGAAGCUACGGCGGCGCAAAGUGAGAGCCACAGUCCUGCAGUGACAUCUAACAGACCAACGAGAGUCAGCGCAGGACUGAGGAGAGCAGCAGAGAGUGACCCAGAGAGAUACCUGCACCGAAUACUCCACUGAGUCCAAAAAAGUUCAUUCUAGCUCACAGAUUCAUUAUUCUCUGACUAUAUUCUUUUCUCAGCAAGUGUACAUUUAUUUACCCUGACCCCAAAUGCACUUCCUGCAGUCUUCCUCAGAAGAUCAGAAGAUGUCACGUGAUGUGAUCUCUAGUGUUAUAUCCAGGUACGAGUGACAGUGCAACGCCCUGGCAGCGAGAAGGUCUUCCAGCUACCAGAGGGUGGGGUGUCAGGCCACUUGGUGGGUGCCAAAACAUCCAGGGUGGAGUGAACCCAUUAAACAGGGAUGAGGGAUCAUACUUGCUCUUCCACACCUGGGUAGAUCACGACCCUCCCCCACUCCAACUCCACCUCAGACCAACGUAUGCCGCUUUUACACUACAUGGUCCCGCCAUGCCUCACCUCGGCACGGCACAGUCACGAUCAGUCGCGAUCGCAGGCUUUCAGC